AUGAAACUCAGAGUCGCCUCAGAAGACUCGCUUGAGCCAACAUGCACCUUCACCUUCUUCGACUGUCUCUCUUCGAAGAGCAACGAAGAUCUCGACACCGAGCGACGUCCUGCUGGAACCGAGCGUGAAAUGCGCAUCAUGUAUCAACAGCCUCACCUCGUCCCACCGAUGAAGCUCACGGUAUACGACGGCCUUCCUUCCACUCCAAUACCAGCACCACCGUCGCAAUUAUCGCAGUGGGUGUCCCACGGCAAAGCCUCUCUCAGAUCGAGCCUCUCGAUUCGGAGACGUCCUUCUUCCAAACCCGUCAUCUCUGGUCCUCAACCACCAUUGCCUUUCCGCCGGGAAGCGCAGGAAUUUCGUCCUCUCGAGCUGAGCAUCUACAUGCCGAACAAUCGAUUGUCGGAUUUGCCCGAGUUUGACCGGCUGAGCUUUACCGACCUCGGCGAGAUCAAGCUUCCCCCUCGAGCAUUGGUGCGAACCAAAUCCGAUGAGUUCAUUUUGCACAAGGUGUCCAUGUCACCUCCUCCAGUCAAGCCAGCAUCGAUGAUUGAGCAACGUCGCCUGUCACACUUCCGACCGGAUACUUCGUCCAUCGUCAUAUCCGCGUCCCGGCCUCCGUCCGAGUAUGACGCGCUACAUUCGCAUCCGGUGUCGUGGGCGUCUCUCCCGGGCUUGCCUCCGCCAGCCCAUCUACCAGUUCGGUCGGAACCAUCCGUUGCGAUUCUCACGCCGAUGCAAGAGGAGUUUAGCCCCCCGGCGACAUCCGUCACCGUCGAUGGUGUUGUUCUCAACUUCCCCAAGGUGGUUGACAGAUCGUCCAUGUCUCCAACAGCGCCAGAACGAACAUCAUCCGAAGUUCCUGCUCCGGCGCCAGUCGUCCCAGCCACCACCACUAGGAAUUUCUCCAAACCCUCCGAUAUGAAGAGUCCAGCCGGUUACUUCCAUCCCAACUAUCAGACACAAAAACGCAUUUCUCAGUGGCUGGCUCGCCGUAGUCAUUCGUCCUCUAUCAGCACCACAAAGUCAACAUCGACGUCAUCGUCUUUCGCUGAACAUCGGCGAAAACGGGCUCAAUUCUACCAGCUUUCCGCUACUCCUCCAAAACCGCUGAGUCUGUGGCCACGUCAACAUCAAAGGACAAUGACCGAGUCGACCGUGGCGAGUACUGUUGAUACAGAUAUCCUAUCUUUUGAGACUCAAAGCCAGGCCGACACCAGUGUAACCACUGCGACCGACCUGCAAAGUCGAAGUGGCACGAUCAGAAGUGUGACCAAAGGUGGUUUGAGACCGAUUAUGAGUGGUGUGCCUGAUAUGCCACCCUCUUACGCCGAGUUUAUCAAAGACACCGAUGACGUCUUAAUCAAAGAAAUCGGGGGCCCUUUGAGAAGCCCUGGUGUCGGAGUUGCUUUCUGA